AACAAAGUUUACUGCUUGUUCAGUCUUUAUCUGUCAACUGUAUAAUGAAGCAGAACUUGACUGCAAGUCACUUCACCUAAGAGAUUUUCACGUUGAAAAUAAGUUUCCUUUCUUCUUCAUCGGACCUACCAUCAUCUUCCAGCUUGAAAGAUGAAAGCAUUCCUAGUGGUGUUAGCUGGGACGCUAGUUACCGUUUUAGCGACUCAUGAUCCUUACCAUGAUGUACAACCAGAAUUACCUACCAUAGUGUCGUCGAAAGACAAUAAGAUAUUCGUGGGUGGUAUAAACCCGAAAGAGAACACUACAAAAUAUUGGCAUGAUUUGAACAUAGCUACAAUACGAGAAAAGUUGGCCCAAAAACCUAAGAAAAAUUUGGCCAAGAACCUGAUUCUGUUUCUGGGUGACGGAAUGUCUCUUGCUACACUCGCCGCAGCAAGAAUGUACCUUGGGCAACUCAAGAAAGAGGCUGGUGAGAAUUCCUUUCUCAGUUUCGAGAAGUUUCCAUACACGGGAUUCGCAAAGACAUACUGCGCAGACUCACAAGUGGCAGACUCGGCGUGCUCAGCAACCGCCUAUCUGACGGGUGCGAAGGGAAAUAUCUAUACGGUAGGAGUUACGUCAUCUGUUGGCCUCAUGGACUGGCGAAACAUGAAAAAUGAAUCUCACCACCCAAGUUCUCUCUUAAAGUGGGCUCAAGACGCGGGCAAGGGCACCGGCAUAAUAUCCACGUGCAGAAUUACGGACGCCUCUCCUGCUGCCACAUACGCUCACUCAGCUUACAGGCUAUGGCAAACAGAUCAUGAAAUGAAGAGAGAUAUAAAAAAUGUUGAAUUGGGAGACGACAAUUUCUCUAUCGAUGAAGCUAUGAAAGGUUUGAAAGAUAUAUCUCUUCAGAUGAUAGAAAAUAGUCCAGGAAAUGGGUUUAAGGUAAUCUUGGGAGGUGGUUGGGAUACGUUUUUGCCCAACACAACAAAUGAUGAACCCAAAAAGACGGGUGCCAGGCUUGAUAACAGGAACUUAAUCCAGGAGUGGAAAACUUCAAAGGAAAAUAUACAUAAGUCUGCGUCUUAUGUCACAAACAAAGCUGAACUACUGAAGCUGGAUAUAGACAGCACUGACUAUGUUCUUGGUCUGUUCCAACCGGGAAACAUGCAAUACCAUAAGCUUGCUAACAAGGAUGAGCAACCGACACUUGCACAGAUGACGGAGUUUGCUAUCAAGAUGAUGAAAAAGGAAGCAAACGGCUUCGUGCUUUUCAUAGAGGGUGGUACAAUAGACGUUUCUCAUCACGAGAACAAGGCUCACUUAGCACUAGAUGAGACUGUUGAGCUGCAUAACGCUGUCGAGAUGGCUGUCAAUAUGACGAACGAAAACGAAACACUCAUUGUGGUAACCGCAGACCACGCCCAUACAAUGAACAUUAACGGAUACCCCAAAAGAGGCGCUGAUAUUUUUAACUAUGUUCAAGGAACAGCAGACAAACUCCCUUACUCCACCUUGUCCUAUGCUAACGGUCCUAAUGAUCCACGUUAUAACGAACAUAAGAACGCUAUGCGGAACAUAACUACUGAUAAAAGAGAUGAUCCUCAGUAUACAUUCCAGACAAUCAAUCUCCUGCCCUCUGAGACCCAUGACGGACAGGACGUCACUGUGUUUGCGAGAGGCCCUUGGGCUCAUCUCCUAGUCGGCAACUUUGAGCAAACCGUCAUUCCUUAUGCAAUGGCAUAUGCGGCGCAAAUUGGGCCGGCGAAAGAAACAAACAAGAAAUCUCAAAAGGAAUCUUAAUUACUCUUCUAAAUCGUCUAAAUAUUUACUAAUUACGCACAUUUUUCAUUCUUAGUGUAAACCACCAAAAAGCUGUUAAAACGUUCACGUAUAAUUAUUUUAACAAGUUACCAAUAUUAAUAUUGUAGUACAUGUAUAAUUUAUUACAUUACAUUCUAUAUUUGAACAUUUAAGUUAUUCCAGUUUAACAUAAUAAAUCCAUUUUAAUACA